GCAGAGCGUCAGUUAAUGGUGUGCGUUACGCAUCAGCAUGGUGGUUUUUGUGUGCACGCAGUGCAAUGCCACAUUAAAAAAGUCUGCAGUAAAAAAUCAUCUAUCUUUUAAGAAGUGUACUAUGGUAUCAUGUGUGGAUUGUCACAAAGACUUUGAUAUAAACUCAGUGGAAUCUCACUGCAUCUGUAUUUCGGAAAAGGAGAAGUAUGACAAGGCAAGGUUCAAAGAGUCAUCAAAAGGCAACAAAGUUUGUACACAAUCAGAAUGGAUCAUGAAAAUCGAAGAUUUAAUUGAAAAUUGUCAGUCGACAAACCAUAAGAGACUUCUUGAAAAUCUACGGGGCUGCCACAAUAUACCGAAAAAGAAAAAUAAAUUCGAGAACUUUAUGAAAUCGAAAUAUCGUGGUAUACCACCUCAAACCAUUGAUGAGAUAUGGAAAUUAUUAGAGUCCGUAAAACCUGUGCCUAAAAACACUGUCCCAUCGUUGUCACAGGAGAAUGUAUCUGUUGAGGAACCGAAGUCUAAAAGACAGAAGGUAGACGUUAAUGGAUGUCAUUUCCAGUUGUCUGUCCAACAUGUACAGCAUAUCUUGACAGAAUUUGGCGGUAAAGCACCGUUCAGCGAUGUGAGGAAAAAGAUUUACAGUACAUACAAAGCCUCAGUUACUUCUCCUGAGGAAUGCAUAACAAAAAAGGAAUUCAAAGCUAAUCUGUUAAACUUCAUUCAAGACUCCGAGAACCUAGUUUAUUCACCCACUGACGGAACAAUCAGCAUAACUACCAAAGGCGAUCUUCCUCAAACACGUGUUGGUAAGUGACUGGUUUUGUUUACCCGAAUCAUAGAUUCAACUCGGACUUCAAACUCUCAAUCACAUCACGUCAAAGAAGUUCCCGUUAACGAAGCUGAUCAAGUACACAAGUCCAAGAGCAUGAAAAAAUUACUAAAUACAACACUACAGGAAUUCGGUGGACGAAUUUCACUGAAGAAGCUUGUUAAAAAGGUCUAUGUACAAACUCUAGGUCCAGAUGGUCAAAACACAACCUAUUCUACUAAAGAUGAACUGAAAAAUGAAAUUGUGCGUAAAAUUAAUAAAAGUAAAUCUAUUAAACUUUCAGAGGACGGUAAAUUGGUUGAACUCUGUACAUAGAAUCAUGUAUAUAAUAAUUUGUAUAAAAUUAUUUAAAUCUACGUAUUUAUUUCAGUCAGUCUUUAUUCUUUUGAUACACACCAAGGUGGCAUUAAACUCUAGUUUAAUUUAAAGUUGUCGAAAAAUGUAUGGGU